AUUUAUAGUGGUUGAACUGUAUUGACUUGAUUCUGGUUUGCUGAGGUUGCCCUAACAACCACCACUACCCACACCAACUCCAAAAUUUUUCAUGCAAAAAUGGGAUUGUUGAGGGAUGCUGGCGUCGUUUACAAGCCUGUAGAGCAGAUUGAUCUUGGUCCUUGCAGCAAUGAGUCAUAUUUUAAAGCCGAUAAAGCUCCUCGUAUGGCUGGAUUUCUGCUGAAAAUCUUUGCCUGGUUCUUGGAGUCAAGGAUCAUUGGAGCAUUGUUGCUGUACAUAGUGAAGAAGAACAAUCAAGUUCACAAGCUUGUUUCGAAUGCAACUCUGGAGGAACCACCUAUGUUCGUCCCCUUGCAUCCUAUUACUGACCUUAAUCAACAAGAAGUCAAACAAAUUGACUCUGAUGCAUCUCCACCAGAACGAGUUCAACAGGCAAUAAAAUGCAUUCCUGUAACCUCAGAGAAGUCACUAGAUGAUCUAAAAUCAAGCUGCUUCUGGCGCUGGACAAUAGCAGAUUAUUCAAGAGCCUAUAGUACUGGAGAAAUAACUCCUCUGAGGGUUGCAGAGCACUUUAUAAAUGCUGUGCGUGAAUCUUGCAGUCCUCCUUUGCCAAUGUCCUUCUUCAUUAACUCUGAUGCUGAAGAUAUUCUAAGGCAAGCUACAGAGUCAACACUUCGAUAUGAAAGAGGGAAUCCAAUAUCUGCUCUAGAUGGAGUCCUGAUUGCUAUCAAGGAUGAAAUAGAUUGUUAUCCAUAUCCAACCACAGGAGGUACAAAGUGGCUUCACAAAUUUAGACCGUGCACUGGUGAUGCAUGCUGUGUUAUGCGCCUCAGAUCCUGUGGUGCUAUACUUGUUGGAAAGACUAAUAUGCAUGAACUUGGAGCUGGAGUAAGUGGGAUAAAUCCCCACUACGGGCCUAUUAGAAAUCCCUAUAAUCCCAAAAAAAUUUGUGGUGGUUCUUCGAGUGGAUCUGCUGCAGUAGUAUCUUCAGGCUUAUGCCCUGUUGCCCUUGGUGUGGAUAGUGGAGGAUCUGUGCGGAUGCCUGCAUCCCUUUGUGGUGUUUUUGGAUUCAAACCAACUUUUGGAUGCAUACCUCAUUCAGGUGUUCUUCCUCUGAACUGGACGGUGGGGACAGUUGGAAUACUAGCAGCUACCUUAGAGGAUGCAUUUAUCGUUUAUGCUGCUAUUAGUGGCGACCUUCCAUCACAUAAGCCAACCACAUUACCUCCCAAAGUGCAAUUUCCGCUGCUGAACUCAACAAAGCCAAUAUCGAACAUCAGGUUUGCAAAAUAUGGAGAGUGGUUCAAUGAUUGCAGCGAUGAAAUCAGAAUAUGCUGCUCCAAUGCUCUGAACUUACUUUGCGAGCAUUACAAGUGGAAGACUGUAGGGGUUACUAUACCAGAUAUAGAAUCGAUGCUCCUUGCACAUUAUGUGACCAUUAGUUCCGAAUGCAGCACUUCACUGAGUUCUCAUAUGGAAAAACUCAAUUUUGCAGAAAUAGGAUGGGAUGUAAGGGUAGCACUUAGAGUAUGUGGUGCUUUCCAUGGCAAAGAGUAUAUACAGGCCCAGAAAAUGAGGAACCGCCAGAUGCAAAUUCAUAACAAUAUAUUUGCCAUGGCAGAUGUCAUAGUUGCUCCAACAACAGGUCGGACUGCAUACUCGAUAGUCGAUGAUGCUCUAAAGACUGGUGAAGUAGACUGCAUAAAUGGAGCUGCCCUUAUCCGUUAUCAGAUAGCAGGAAACUUUUUGGGAUUACCUGCUGUGACUGUCCCUGUCGGUUAUGACAAAGCAGGUUUGCCGAUUGGCCUUCAAUUUAUGGGGAAACCUUGGUCGGAGCCUACAUUAAUGCAUGUAGCAUAUGCAAUGCAGGCCUUGUGCAUCUCGGAGUAUAGAAAGCCGAAGGUUUUCUAUGAUCUACUUCAUAAGAACUGAGCAGCGCAGGGUGGGAACCUCCAGGAACCGUGGGAAGGUAACCUGACAUCGGAACUAUUUGGUAGUUUCUUCUCAAUGUUGAAAUGACCGGCAACUGACUUCCCCUGGUAUAUGUUAGCAAUAAACGAAGUAUUGCUGAAUGAUGUUGUGGAUUAGGAACUGCCAUCGUUGAGAAAUGGAUCAUAUCUCAAAAAUGAAAAAUCAUUAGUAGAGAAGUUGAAACUGUGCAUCACAUCGGUAAACGGACUUAUAGAUAUGGAUAUGACUUGUGUUUCUGUUUCGGAUUUGGUUCAGUUGGCAGUGUUUUUAUGGCUAUAAACUGGAUGAUCAAUUUCUUUC